AUGACCAACUCUGUCCCCGCCCAAACCUUCUCCGAAGUCCCGGAUGGGAUCCUGGACCUCCUCAUCCUCCAUCUGCCGUACUCUUUGAGUCUCGUACGCCGCCUCCAGUACACGGCUGCUUCUCCCACCGGCAAAACCCCCAGCGCUCACAUCGUCGUGGCCUCUGAUAGUCCGCCAGCAGAGCCCACACGUCACGAUGCCGCCUUCGAUGCCACCGCUCGCCAUUUCACGGUCUCCUACUUCGACCCGUCCCGCGGCCCUGAAACCCAGGCUUGGAUCUACUCGACGCUCGAAGACGCCCACGCCCGUGACUCAUCCGUCGUCCUGACCCAGGACGAGAGGGCGCACUGCGAGAAGCAGAUCCUCGCCGUUGUGUCCGAGAUCAAGCAUAUCGCUCGCGAGUACGAUGCAGUGGAGCCCCUCGCCUUCCCUCGCCAGGUCAUAGUCGGCACCCUCCACCAUGCCGUACGCGCCGUCAUGCGCAAGCACGACGUUUCCCUGACCCAUCGCCACGACUAUCAGAAGAUCAUAUUUCCGUUCGAUAAGCUGCCCUCGGCUGAUGCAGCGCUGCCAGCGGGCCUGAGCUUCGAGACCACAACGCUGGAGGAUUGUCACAUCGUCAAGUCGCGGACGGACAUUCCGCGCAAAGUUCUCCACUGCGAAGAGCAACACCGACGCAAAGGCUUGGCUCGCGCCGUGGCCGCCAAGGUCAUCCGCGAGAGGACACGCUUCUUCGGUAGCGAACCGUGGUCCUCAUCCGAGGUUGCGCCAACGAACGUGAGCAGCCACGCCAUGUGCAAAAGUCUCAACGGAGAGAUCAAGUGGGAUGUUAGCUGGACGCUUCUUGGGAUAGAGGAGAAUAGUUCAUAA